AUGGUCUUGAGGCUUUUUGCACCGCCUGGAGAAGGCCAGCACAGGCUCGUCCCAAGACGCCCGGAUCCCAUCGGUGCAAAUGCGACGCUCCAGUAUGCCGUAAUCUCCUCGACCGUCCUCGCCGCCGCAUACACGUCACUCGCUUCAAGAUUCAGCCAAAGAGUCGCCCCCGCGCACGCGCUAUCGCGAACCGCUCUAUUCAUACGCUCUUCGGCACGCUUUGGUGCUGUCGUUGGCGCGGCAGGAGCCGUCGCGAACUGGUAUUACUACUCGGCAUUUGCAAACGUAGUCGUGUCGCAGAAGCUACCAAAGGCCAAGACAUGGACGCUCUACAAGUGGACUAAGAAACCCACGGUCGAAGAUGGCGCUUUGGUCGGUGCCGCGCUCGGACUGGCUGUUUCGAUACCUACGCUGUUUGCGCGUCGGCUCCCCAUACCACGCUGGUCACAAUGUUUCGGCUUGGUGAACACUGGCGCAUGCACGGGCAUCUUGGGCGCCCAUGCUUACUUUCAGUAUACCGGAGACCGACAGAAAGCUUAUAAGCGCCUUGAUCGGCGAUUGCGGAAAAGGUCACUCGAGUUCUGGGCCAUUUUCUGGGACAAGGAGCUCAUGGCAAGGCUGGAUCCGCUCAUGCAACACUAUGUACGCCACCAGGGCGUUUGGUAUACCCAGCUUCUACCAGAUGACGUCUUUCAAGAAGCUGGGGAGCUGGACAGAGGUAGAAUGAAGAGCAAGAAGCCGAGUGAAAUCGGACAAACGCUUGCCACACAGCAGCCUGAGCCACCGUUUUAUACCCAGCCCUUUGACUAUGCCGAGGAUCUCAAACGGAUUACUGUGGACAGUACCCUUGAGGGAAUAAAGGAAAUGGAAGUCCAGAAGAAGGAGCUGCUUGACGAAGCGGAAUACCUCUUGUUCUUCAAUGCACAGCAGAAAUAUGACUAUUGUCACCAUGUCGGUUCCAUGGAUCAAGAUGAACGGCGGAGACGUUUAAAUGAAAUCCUGCUUGUUGACAUUGCAUGGAACCGUCUACGGCACGCCGCAGAUACGAUUACCUUGCGUCUCACACAGUGGCGUCUAUCUCUUCAGCACAAAGCUGCCUGGGAAGCAUCCAAUUCUGGUGGUGAUCAUGUCGAUGAGUGGCUGCCAAUGCCCGACAGGAUCGACUUUGUCUCACAUAAGCCUACGCUCUCGGUGCAAGAGGUGGCAAAAAUGCAAGGUGAAAUCGACCUUGAAGUGAGGACGUUCGAGCGAUUGUAUACAGAUCAGAGGCUACCAAAGGAGAGGAGAGAACAGCGGAGACAGGAUGCUGAGGAUGGCAGAGUAAUACUAACAGCAGCGGAUCACAUUCUGUUCAGGCUCGAAGAGGCAAGAAAUGCUGUUGAGCGUUUCGAGAAGAAUACGGGAGGAAAAGAGUCUGACGUUGCUGCCAGUCAGAGCGCAAUUGAGCCAACCCCAAUCGGCACAACAGGAUCAAGGGCUAAAGCUGCCAUCCCAGUCAUGAAGAAAUUUGAAAAGUCACAGGUCAAUGGAGGGAAGGUCAUGGAUCCGCCUGAUGGCAGAUUAGAGCCGAAACAACCAUGA